AUGGCAUGUUCAAAGAUAUUUCUAGGAGAUUUACCAGAAUUAACAAAUGGAAUUAUACAAUAUCUUCAUCAUGAUUAUAAAACACUAUAUUCGUGUAUAUUAGUUAAUAGAUUAUGGUGUCAUUCAGCAAUUCCAUUAUUAUGGGAAAAUCCAUUUUCAAAUAAAUUUCUUAAAAAUUAUCACUUUAUUGAAAUUUAUUUACAUAAUUUAAAUGAUGAUGAUAAAAUAAAAUUAAAUGAAUAUGGAAUUAAUAAUGAUUUAAUUCCUUCAAAUACAUUAUUCAAUUAUCCUAGUUUUAUUCAACAUUUUACUACACGUAAAUUUAAUAAUUCUAUUAGAAAUUGGGAAAUAACUAUUAAUCAACAUUCCAAUUAUACUAUACAAUCAUCAAACUUUAUAAAAUUUAUUUAUAAGUCAUUAUUUCUAAUAUUCAUUGAAAAUGAAGUAAAUUUAUAUAGUUUAAAAGUUUCAUUAUUUACAGAUGAAGAACGUGAAUAUUUUGUUGAUACUCUUGAAUUAAUUUUACAAAAUCAAAAUUUCUUUAAUAAUAUCAAAAUUUUGAAACUAGUUUCUAUAUCAGCUGAAACUUUAUUAAAAUUUUCAAAAAUUCUCAACUCUAAUUGCAAUUCAAUUUCAUCACUUUAUCUUAAAUUCUUAUAUCAAUAUUGUUUUGAAUUCCCAUAUAAUACUAACAAUCAAAUGAUGAAAUCAAGUUUAUCACAAAUUAUUAAUUCUCAAAAAAAUCUUAAAAAGAUUUUACUUAAUUUUAAUGGAUUUCCUUUGUAUAAUUCAUUAUUAUCAUUAAAAAAUUCUAAUUGUUUAAAUACAUUAAAUACAAUUAUAUUUUAUUGUAUUAGUUUUAAAAAUAUAAUUGUUUUAUUAAAUGAAGCAUUUAAUCAAUUGAAUGUUUUAGAAUCAGUCCAUAUUAUUUUUUGUUCUUAUUUAAAUACUGAAUUUAUUCAACAAUUUAUUAAUAUUACUAAACCAUUUAAAUUAAAAUCUUUAUUCUUGAAUAAAGUAUUACAAAUUGAAUCAUUAGAACUUCUAAUACAAAUCUUUGGUAACAAUAUAGAAGAUUUUGGAAUUAAGAAAAUAGAUGAAUCACAACAAUUACUUCAAUUGCUUGGAUUAGUUAUAACAUAUUGCUAUAAAAUUAAAUUUUUAUAUUUAUCUUUUUGGUUAAAUAGUCAAAAUAUUAAUUUAAUAUUUAAUUUAAUUGAAAAUAUUAAACAGAAUCUUAAAUAUCUUUUCAUUGAAAUCUCUGAUUUUAGUAGUGUUUAUUUGAGUUCAAUUUUAUUACUAAAUUUAGGACAAAUUCUCCCUUUUAAAUUAGAAUAUUUGAAUUUGAAUCUUGUAAUUGACAGAAAUGCUUUAGAAGCUUUCUUAAAGAAUUCACAAAAUACUUUUAUUAAAAAAUUGUUAAUUUUUAAUAGAAGUAUGAAAAAAGGUGAAGAUAUUUUCCCUUGUAUAAAGGAAUAUAUUAUGAAAAAGAAGAGGGUUAAAUAUUUGGCUAUUUCAGAUAAUUUUUAUGAAAACUCUGAUUUGUCUCUCCUAGAAGAUAAAGUAAAUGAAUCUAAAUUAUAUGAUGUUCAACUUUUAAAUUAUUUUAGUUUAAAUAUUAAUAUUGAAAAUUUUAUUUUUAAUGAUGAUAAUGUGCAAUAA